CUUCAGUUACUUUUCAAUAUGUCCCUUUGUGUCGCAUGCAACAAGCCCUUGGUGGUCGAAAUCGAGCGCGAUGAUGAGGAGCAGUAUGCAAUGGCUGGCUCGUCCUCUGGCAAAGCGCCAGCCGCGGAACCGGAAACUGUUCCAGAUGACGUGCAGCUGAAUUGUGGGUGCCAUUUCCACUGGGACUGUCUUCUAGAAGCCUAUCAUGUAACCGAAUGUCCCAACUGCAGCAAGGACCUUGCAUCCGUUUCACAAACAGGCGAGCAGCAAGUUCUCUGCAACCUCACCAACGAGGGUGGUCUACAGGAGAACCUUGAUCUGCUUCCUUUGCUCACCGAAGAGAGCUACCUGAAGGCAUAUCCCGAAGACCGAAAAUGCCGCGCGUUCCUCGAAUUUUGCCGCGAGGGCGAUUAUAAGGCCAUCAUUGAGAUGUUACAGGAUGACGAGGUGGAUGAAGACGACGAAGACGACGAGGAUGAGGAAAUGGCCGAUGAUGAUCAACCGGGCAAGGAUGUUGGCAUCGAUAGACUGUUGAGAUACCAGGACCCUAUUGGCGAGAUGCAGUCGGGUUUGCAUGCCGCUGUUCAGGCCCAGAGCAGAGAAGUUGCAUGGCUGCUCUUACUUUUGGCUAGUAAUCUGGAUCUCUUGCAGUUCCCGCCCGAGGUCUUCCAGGAAGCAGCGGCCAUGGGUAUAAUGAGAGGACUCACAGAGGACAAGGUGGAUAUCAGGAGUUUGAAAGACGCGAGUGGCAGGUCUGCGGAAGACUAUGCAAACGAGAUCGGGGGUGUCUGGAACGGUUGGACAGGGAAUGGAAGGUUGGCUAUUUGAAAGUCAAUCGCGAAGCUUUGCAGAUGCAUCAGUAUUUCCAUCCUUGAUACCCAGUCGUAGAGUGCAAGGCACAGGUACUGGUUAAAAGCACCUAAUUUGUCUGAACUGCAAUCAUCACAAUAUGCAUUGUAUUUAUUGUCACAGCAUUACAUGUCAGCC